UUAUCGUUAAUAAAGAAAACAAAAUCCUUGUUGAAACAAACAAAAUUUAGAAAGAAUAAAAAAGACCCAUGUUUUCUUCUAUAGUCUCCUUAACUCACACUUCCCUUUCUUUAAGCUGAAGUUUCACAGUUUCUUACUAAAGCUAGUGCCGAGAUUUGUACUGAAUUUGAGGUUUGAGAAACAAUAUGGGAGGACACAUGAGCAAAAAGCCUGGUGAAACUUCAGCUGCAAUUGACAAUUUGCAGUACAAAAUCGAGCUGAAUUCAUAUGAAGCCGCGUGCAGAGCUGACACGGACUUACAAUCCUUUGAUACAACUCUACAAGCUCGAACCAGUCAUGUUAUCAAUACCCUUGCUGAUGGGGUUGAAGUCCGAGCACUGUCUUUUGAUUCGUUGAAGGAAGUCACUGGAUGCCUUUUGGAAAUGAAUCAGGAAGUUGUGAAGGUGAUAUUGGACUGCAAGAAAGACAUAUGGAAGAAUCAAGAAUUGUUCGAGCUAGUCGAGGAGUAUUUUGACAAUAGCCUCAAAACUCUGGAUUUCUUGGCUGCUUUAGAGAAAUGUCUAAAACGUGCUCGCGAUAGCCAGUUGCUUAUUCUUGUAGCACUUCAACAAUUUGAAGAGGAAAGUGGGGUUGAAGGGAAUAGAUACACUAAGACUUUAGAGGAACUGAAGAAUUUCAGAGCUGCAGGGGAUCCUUUCACAGAGGAAUUUUUCCAGAUUUUCCAGUCUGUUUAUACACAACAAAUGGUUAUGCUUGAAAAACUGCAGCUAAAAAAGAACAAGCUUGAUAAGAGGCUUAAGUACAUACAUGCUUGGAGAAAAGUGUCAAAUGUUAUAUUUGUGGCUACAUUUGCAACUGUUUUGAUUUGCUCAGUCGUGGCUGCUGCUAUAGCUGCACCUCCGGUCGCGGCUGCUCUGGCUGCUGCAUCGUCGAUUCCGUUGGGAUCAAUGGGAAAAUGGAUAGAUUCCCUUCUCAAGAACUAUGAAGAUGCUAUCAAAGGGCAGAAAGAAUUGGUCGGCACAAUGCAAGUUGGUACUUUUAUCACAAUUAAGGAUUUGGACAGUAUAAGGGUGCUGAUAGAUCGAUUGGAAAUCGAGAUCGAAUCACUCUUGAAGAAAGUUGAGUUUGCUAUUGAUGAAAAUGCUGUUAAGAUUGCUAUAGAAGAGAUCAGGACAAAGUUGGAUGUUUUUAUGAAGAAUGUUGAAGAUCUUGGAGUGCAAGCUGAUGUGUGUAGUAGGGAUAUUCGUAGGGCUAGAACCGUAAUCUUACAAAGGAUUAUCAAACCACCAAACCAUUGAAGAUACAGAAGGUUACAGCAUGCUGAAUUUGCCUUAGCACUGAAACAUUUCUCUGCUUUUCAUAGUUUGUGAUGUUAAAUAUGUGACUUUAAUAUGAAACAUAUAUCAUGGUUAAAGGACUCUUUAGCCUUUUUACCAUGAAGAAUAAGAUUUGUUGGAUUCUUUUUUAAAGUA